GGCAAUACUACGUCAUUGUGUGUGUGUGUGUGUGUGUGUGUGUGUGCUGUUUCAGCUGUAACGAGUGCAUGAGCUCCUGCACACAUACAUGGAUCUACGGACAGCUAAAAGACAGCAGACUAAAACAUCUGCCCUAAGGCCAGGAUGGAGUUUGUGUGUAUAAGGUGGAGGGCAAAGUUCUCUGUUCUGCUUUUGCACACCUUUACCUGGGGCUGGACAGGCCAUGCGAGAGCUCUUGACCCCGCCCCCAAGAUUGAUGGACGCCACCACUCUGAGGUCACAGUUCAAGAAAACAUCACUCAUAGCUUCAAUUGCCAAUCAGAGGGCUGGAGUCCACAAGCCCCGCCUUUGCUCACCUGGUACCUCAACGGUGAGAGACAGAGCGAGGUUUCAGGUAGCCGGGGGCCGGGGCGUCUUGUGAUGACAUCACCAAAUGACAAGGGAAAGAUGAAGUACAGUGCAGAGCGAAACAGCACAUUCACUCUACGGCCCAGGAAGUGGGAUCGUGAGCUGGUGUGCGCCGCAACGAACCCGCAUGGUGGCGAGAGCUACAACGCCACCGUUGUCCUUAAUGUUCAGUUUCAGCCGGAGAUUCUGCGAGUCAACGCACACUACAGCGAGACCUCUGACCCCGGGAUCUCAUUGGUGCUAUUUGCAUUGGUUCGCUCUAACCCCCCGGCCACCAUAACGUGGGUGGAUCAGUCCGGCCAGCUGGUGGCCAACAGCUCUGACUUCCUCAUCCUGGACUCGCGGAGCUACCCAUGGCUGGCCAAUCACAGUCUGCAAGUCAUGCUGAGCAGCUUAUCAGGAAAUGUCUCGCUCAGCGCCAACAACAGCCUCGGGGCCACCCACACCAACCUGACGCUCACAGAAUUCCUGCAGUCUCGGGUGGAAGUGCCAGUGCUAGGGAUUGUCACUGGUGGUGUUGCAGGCUUUGUCACGCUCCUCAUCCUCACUCUAAUGGUGCUAUGUCUUCUGCAUAAGGACAAAUCCAAAAUUAUCGAGGAACCAGUCGCAAUUCCCAUGACCCAAGAAUGUAACAGAUCAGAAAAAGUGCAGGUGAACGGAGUGUAUCUGCCUCGUGAGAACAUGUCGCUGCCCUCCAACGUGCCGCUCAACGAUCACAGUGCUCUCUGUAAAGGACAGCUUUCGAACUCCAGACAGAACACUUUAACACGGAAGACUAAAGAAGAGGAGGAAGAGGACCUCUCAUUGGCCUACGCCGCCAGAGGUCAGAGGUCACGGCAUCUGAAAGUUUCGCCAGAUACCCCAUGGUCGGUUACAUCUACAAAGUAAACAGCACAAGCAGUGAAGAGAUCUGGCUUUGAUUGUAUUUCUACACACACAGACACAAACACUCAUUCCAUAAGGGUCCUUGCUAGAUUUUCAUAUUAAACAACAACAAAAAACAUUAUACAGAUUUUAAAGCAUAUAAACAAUUCUAUGUAACAAUUUACUAACUAAUAUAUAAAUAUAAAAAAAAUAAAUAAAAUCUAUAUUUUAUAUAGAUUAAAUGAAAUAAACAAAAAGAAAUAAAUACAUUUCCAGUCCAAACAAUUCCUUUCAAAUAAAAUAAAAUUAUUUAAUUAAAUAAAUCUGCAUUUUACCCACGCUUAAUUAUAUACAGAUAUUAAGAUGGCUGCUGCAAGCAUAGACAGUUAGAGAAUUAUUAUCAUUUUAAUGCAAUUACAAAAUACAAAUGAAAAAAAAAAGAUAGAAUCGAUGCCUUUUAAAAGCUUUUCUUGACUCUUAAAAGCAACCCAGAAAAAAUAUCGCUAUUCGAUUCUUUGUUUAUAAUAAUAUCGUGAGCUUAUCAUAUCACAUCAUUCCACCUCUCUUUAAAAAAAGAAAGAAAGAUCUAAACAGUAUUUGAAUGCUAUUGAAAUUAAAGCGAUAUAAAAGAAAAUAAUGCAAGUUUAAUAGAACAUCAUAUCCAGGUAUAGGAUCUUAAAUAGAGAUUUUUCGCAGAGUCGUUACCCAGAAUUCUGUGCUGCUAUGUGGAUUGUUCCAUGGUCUUUGUGUAUUCAAAGAGAAUGUUAAAGAAAUUCUAAUAAUAUAAUGCUGUUGGCAAUAUUUGUAAUGAUAAGACCACACCAAGGUGUGUUUGUAUAUUUCCAUGUAUAUAUUAUGCAUGUACAGGUAAGGAAUGUACUGUGUAUAUAUAUGCUGUACGUCAAGAGUUAUUUAUUAAAGAUGGAGAGAUUUGUUUCUUUCCAUCCAGCAGGAGGUGCUAA